GAAACAAACAGGCAAACAAAACACCCCUUUCUUCUGGCUUUCUCCAAGUGUCCAACAUCUGUUAAGAAAAUUAUAGAACUAGUUGCGCACUUCCUUAGUUCCUUUAGCUUCUUCCUUGUAGAAACUCCACCAUCUUCUACGCUACAAAAUUGAAUCACCCAUCAUUUGAGAAUUAGUCAUGAACGCUUAUGGGAUGGACUUCACGUUAUUGGAUUUUGGAUUACCAGAUCAUCUCCUUUAUGAAGGCUUAACCCAUGAUUUUGCAGCUUCUUCUUCACCUGUACCUGUACAAGUGGACCCCACCUUUCGCCAUGAUGGAACUUCUCCUUUGCCUUUGGGUAUGGAGUGGAGCCCACCUCCUCAAAAAUGGGAUGGGCGUCACAGUGUUUGGCCUCACAGUCCUCACACUGGAUGGAGAUACUGUGUCACCAUUCCUUCGUGGACUACCCUGUCAAAUUCAAGAGGCACAGGUCCAGUUGUGUAUUACAGGGUCCAAGUUGGCAUACAGACACCAGAAGCAAUCACAACAGUUCGAGCCAUAUUACACAGAUUUAGUGAUUUCUUGAAGCUAUUUUCAGAGCUCCAGAAGCUAUUUCCCAAGAAAAUUCUGCCUGCACCUCCUUCUAAAAAGCUCGUGGGAGCUAGAAACCGGAGUUUGAUUGAAGAGAGAAGAAUUUCUUUGGAAGUUUGGAUAGAGAAGUUGCUAUCAAAUAUUAAUGUGUCAAGGAGUGCACCUGUGGCAAUCUUUCUGGAGUUGGAAGCUGCUGCCAGGUCUUCAUUCAAUGAUACAACUGGGAAUGACGUCUCUUCAUUCAUUGAAUAUAAGCCAAGUUCUAGGAUCUCUGUGAUUGGUGAUGCUUCAUCGGUCACAUCAGAUUAUGGUGACAACGCUAGUUAUGGAAAAUCCGAUAUUGAAGCACCUGAGGAUGGAGGUCGUGCUGUAUAUACAAUUAGCAGGUCGGAUAUUGGUUGGAGAAAGGAUGUAUCAUAUGACGAUGCCUCUGAGAACGCGUCAUAUGAUGAUGAUGUAAAGGAGAUUUUAUCUCCAGGAGAGGACUGCAAGGUGAUGGACCAUGUUAUGAGCUUGUCAACUGAUGGUGCUGAAAGUGAAGUAAGCUCUUUAAAAGCUAGUGAACUUUCAAACGAUGGAACUUCUAGAGCUCACAAUGAAGGCGGGCUCAAUUUUUCUGUGGGAGCUAAAGGUCCAAUCGAUGAGAAUCUACUAUCUCCUACCAACCUAUUGGUGGUUCUUCCAUCUGAUCAACGCCAUAAAUUCAGUAGGGUGCUCUCUACUAUGCAAAGAAGGCUCGCAAUCGCAAAAGCAGACAUGGAGGAUCUUGUUGCUAGACUGAAUCAAGAGGUUGCAGUGAGACAAUACCUCACAACAAAAGUCACAGAUUUGGAGGUGGACCUGGAAAGUACUAAAGAGAACACAAAAGACAAUCUUCAACAAGCUCUUUCAGUUGACAAGGAGAGGUAUACUCAGAUACAAUGGGAUAUGGAGGAACUUCGCAAAAAGUGUUUAGAAAUGGAAAUGAAAUUGAAAGCUGAACAGGAUGAAAAGAUGCGUAUGGUUUCAGAAAAUUUAGCUGUUAUUCAGGAGAUUGAAAUGCUGAGACAGGAAUUAGAUGUGUCCAGGGAUCAACUCGACAACUUGCAGAAAAAUCACGAAGUAUCUGAAACUAAAUCAAAAACAGAUUUGAAAGUGCUUGUUAAAGAAGUUAAAUCUCUCCGAAAUUCGCAAUCAGAUUUGAAACAGGAGCUCAGCAACCUAAUGAAAGUAAAGAUAGAACUGGAGAGAGACCUCCAAAACGAGAAGCAAAGAAAGGACUAUGCAAAUGCUGUUAAUGAGAAGUUGCUGCAUGAAUGUUCAACUCUUCAAAGACGGCUUGAAGAGUCUAGUGUGAAUUUCUUAGUUGCAGAGGAAGACAAAUUAGUGCUGGAUACUUCACCAUCAGAUGCUAGUGAUCUUCUUACCACGUCUGAUAAUCGAAUUGGUCUUCUUCUUGCAGAGGCACAACUACUUGCGCAAGAUGUUGAAAAUACAGUAGACAUGUCCGACAGUGCAACAGUGGACGAGCUGAGAAAGAUGGUUACAGAGCUCUUCAUUGAUAAUGCCAAAACAAGGAAACAGAUGAAUUCUUUCAUCCGCUGUGCUCUUAAGACAGUUGACCUGUCUGAAAAGGAAGAUGAAGGGAAAGAGGCGCCGUUGAAACAAACUGUCUUGGGGAAGUUCUUGUGAAUCUUCUGAGUUGAUAAUGUACAGUUAUCUUGUAUAUGCAACACUUGAUCAAUUUGCUUGUAAACUUACAGGCUUUUGGUUGUAUAAUAAUAAUGACCAAUGAUUAGUAUGUUGAGCUUCUGUGCCCUUGAAUGGAAACAUGUACAAUUAAAAUUUAACAAGGACCAAUUCUUUUGCCAGAUUUGGUAAAUUUUUGCCUUGUAAUAUGAGAGGCGUAUCAAUCUGAUGUCUCAUUUGGAA